CGAGCAGCCUCAGCCCAAAUAUGAUCCCACCCUCUCCCAAUCUGGAAUACUAGCGGUGAAUCCCCAUUCUCCGGCGAGCCGCGGCGAGACUCCGGCACGACCGCUGCUUCUUGCAGCAUCGAUCUCCCCGCCCCGCCGCCUCACCUGCGUAGUCUGGCCGACCGCACUCGCCGACGACUGGAAGCAACCAUUACGCGAUGCAACCUGGAUCUCAACGCCGUCCGUUCCGCCACCCUGGAUUCCCCUCCCCCUAGCUUCCGCACUAAGGAUGGACACGCUGAUAUUCUUGAUUUGCCCUGGAUUAUCUCACGAGUUAGCAUCUGUCUCAGCUUCUCACGGCGUCUGAUAGGUCCCUUAAGAUAUAAGUUCAUCUGCUAGAUAAGCUCAAAGGAGAUAUUGAAUAUCGGUAGGAGAUGGCCACAACCAUACUACCUGAUGACCUGGUGGUGGAGAUCCUGUCUCGGCUGCCGCUGAAGUCCUUUUGCCGUUUUAGAUGUGUCUGCAAGUCUUGGCUUGCCUUCUCAUCUGAUCCGCACUACCGCAAGAAGCUCCCAGGAACUCCCUCCGGUCUCCUGUACCAAAAAAAUGAGCAUGGCAAUGCCAUCCAUCUCGUGGGCCUUCCCUCAGGUGACAGGGAUAUUGACACAACACUUAGCUUUGUGCCAUGCUAUGAGCAUCCCUUGGAGCUUAAGGGUUGCAGCAAUGGCCUGCUUCUGUGUUAUCAUGGUGGUACAGGCUCUAAAGAAAUUUCCGACGCCAUUGUGUGCAAUCCAGCAACUCAAGAGUGGAUGGCACUUCCAAAUACUGAACCUGGACCAGCCGUCUCUUAUGCUGAUCUCAAGUUGUGUUUUGAUCCAUUAUGGUCUCAACACUUCUAUGUCUUCCAAUUUGAGACGACUCCAAAUGGUGGAUAUGACACCGACGUUAAGGUAUUUUUCUCUGAGGAUUCGACAUGGUCUAAUUGUCUAUGGGAAACUUCAGAUAUACUUGGUGGUGAUUCACUCUUCUUAAAAGGGGUGUUGUAUGUGGAUCACUUAUGGGGGCAUUACCUUCUGGCACUCGAUGCACCUGACACAUGCACACAGUUGCUCAAUCAUAGGAUCCUUCAGCUGCCUGGAUUUCCGAAUGGACCAGAACAGAGGUUUUAUUGCUUUGAUGGCUGUCUUUGCCAGUCGUCUGGGGUCUUAUGCUACGCACAACAAGAAUUGGAUGGUUGCAUCAUUCGAAUUUGGAGUUUGGAAGGAUCUGAUAGGUGGGUGGUGAAGCAUCGUCUAAAUAUGAACAACGUAUUUGGGAGGGACAUAAUGCUCCAUACUAAUAAUGAAGGAUUAUGGUACUUUGAUUAUGAAAUCCUGGCAUUUGACUUGGAGAGAGAGCUAGUUUUCCUUGCUGACACAAUUGCUGAUAAUAAGAUCAUCUCAUAUAGCAUCAGUACUGGAAAGGGCUCGCAGAUUCUAAACAUUCCAAGGUUCGCUGACCUAUAUCGAAGUCGACUCUACGUGCCGUACUAUGGCAAGUUUCCAGCUUGUGUGCUUCAAGGAGCUCAAGACAAAUGUUAGAAUAUUUACCCUAUGAAUGCUUUAAUCUCUAGUUAUCUUUUGUGCACUAGCUGUACCAACGGUUGUUAUGCAUGUAGCGGAUUGUUGGCUUCGUUAUGUAUCAUGUUCAUCUAAUUUGCACUUGUCAUUUCUCUUGUCGACUCUGGUCUUGCUUGUACAAGCCUAAUUUAGGGAAGCUGCAUAGCAUAUUCCCAUGUCUGUUGGUGUUAUGAAGCUUUCUAUACAA